AGGAGAGAUGAGAGAGAGGAGGGUGUGGGCCAUUUUUCCCUCACCUUAUUCUCCUCUCUUUCUCUUCAUUGUCGCGCUUUCUCUCCCUCUGGCUCUGUACCACUCCGUCCAUCUCUGAAGUGUGAGCGAGUGAGCGGCUCAAGGAGUCCUCGGCUGUAUGAGUCAGACUGAGAUAAAAGGAGAUCACCAAAACAAUGGAGUGCUUCAACAACGUACUCCUCAAACUGCGGGAGAUCCACGAGCGAGAAGUGGAGGGUUGGCAAGGGAAAAUCCAAGAGCUGUCCAACAAAAAGGGCUGUGAUACAAAGCGCAUGGAGGAACUGUUCACCAAAAACCAGCAGAUGAAAGAACAGCAGAGAUUACUCAUCGAGAACAUCAAGACACUGGAAAACAGGCUGAGGGCGGGGCUGUGUGACAGAUGUACAGUAACUCAGGAGGUAGCCAAGAGAAGACAGAUGGAAUUUGAAGCCUCGCAGAUACAAAGCCUCCAGCACAUCGCUCUACUGGCGGGGGAGAUGACCAACAUGAAAAAGGAGAACAAGAGACUUAGAGAUGAGCUCAGGAAUUUAAGAGCAGCACUUGACAGAGCUCACAGUGACCACUCCUCCAAUAGGAGCACCACCCCAGACGUAAAACCAACCAGCCCCCCUGACUAUUCCCCCUCCUCUGGACCUGAUGCCCUCCUCGCUAUGGCAACUAGCAGGGCCAGUAACCAGCCAGCAGGUGGGAAUGUUGCAUUGAAAACUGAUGCCAACCAAAGAACUGAAGAAAGUGUACACAGACAAUUGAGAGGGAUGAACGGAAGCCAAUUAGAGUCAUACAAGCCUCUUUCCUGGAAGACGGAACAUAAUGUAACCCGUGUUGUGGAGAGAAGAGCUCAGAGUGUUGAGGAACUGGACCAGCGAUCCUCUAUCACUCAUCAAGCUCUCCUUAAGAACUUUUCUUUCUCAACCGGUGGAGAAGUGACCCCCAGCAGACAUGUGCUCCAUGCUCCUGUCCCCUGCCGUCCUCAACCAACCAAGAGCAGCCCUGCUACUGUCAAUUGGCCCUUUUCUGAAUCCUCUGACUUGGUUAAUCCAGCUGCUUCAGCGACCAGUCUGGUGGCGCAACCUUCUUCCAAACCAAACCUGCUACGCUUUCCCAACCUGAUCCCAACUAGCCAACAUACCAGCUCUAGAAGUCAGGUUUCUGGGUCUCCCUGGCACAAGCAGAGUACCCAUCAACCCCCUGCCAAAGAGCCAACUGUGGUGUUCAGGUUGAUGUCAGAGCAAGAUGUCAGAGAUGUAGCGCGUCAAACUAAGCCCCAGGAGAAAAAGGACAUCCCACCAUUGAAGACUGAGAGGGUCUCUGGAGAGCUUAGAGAGGCGUUUGAUGGGCCUCUGGACCUUUCGGAUCAUGGAAAGUCCAAAUCCAGCCAAAUACCAACAGAUGAUUCACCCUUAGCCUUACAAACUGGAGAGAGAGCACAGAGAUGUCCUGACAUGGAUGGGAAGGCAAAUCCACACAGACCAGUAUCAUCACCGUCUCCUGUCGUAACUCCCUCAUGCCCCUCUAUCCCACCAGUCAAUCAACAAGAGGAAGAGUCUGCCAGUGACCAUAACCACAAGCAGGUAAUCAAAGAGCAGGAGCAGAAAGAGGAGGCGAAUGGGAAGACAGACCAAUGCGGGAACGGGAAGAAGGUGCCUGUCCUCACUAUAUCAUUAUGUCCAGUAGUGGCGCUGGAGACUAUGAAUUCUGCUCUGCAGAAAUCCUUACUAUCAAGUGGAAAGUCAUCGUCGCCAGCAGCUGAGCCGAGAAGCAGCUCAGAUGAGCAGGAUGAGGACGAGAGUGUGUCAGGACAAGAAAACAGUCAAGGAUGCAAGAGAAAGAUUGCAUCUGUGGAGACAGAAACCGACAGAGACUCGGAAACAGACCACAUCCAGCAGGAGAGGAAGAUCAAGAUCACUUUGAGAACUGAGGGGAAGAGCCCCGGCUAAAGAGCAUGAUAUCACAUUGUGAUCUCACGUAAACCUGCAUCAACUGACUUACAUAUUACUUUGAUCUUGAAGUUGAUUAGCAGACAUUGGAGUAUUUACACCAGCAAACAUGAAGCAACCUUCAUUAAUUUGCAUUCAUUAGGAGUCAUGUUUCUGGCAACCUGAUGAAUGUAAGGUAAUGUGGGGUUUAAGGUCUUUUUUUGUGCUGAAAACAGCUGCCUGCUGUGGCUGAAAAUGAAACUGAUAAGAGUGGUGAGCCGAAACAGUAAAGUUCUGGGCCAUAAAAUCAAAACAAUGACUUAAAACAACUUUUUUUUAAAUAGCGUGCCCCCUUUGAAAUAUAUUUUUUUGGGCCAAGUACCCCUGCCCAGCGUAAAAAUAUUUUUGGUAGAAAUAAAAAACCUGUCUAUGUAAAGAAGCAUACAUAUACAUACAGAACUGCACCAUACACUGUAACUGAAAACACUUAAAUGCUACAUUUCAAAUAUUAUAU